AUAAAAACCAGGGCCAUGGUCAUUUUACAGCAGGGCGACUAUGUCUGGUUGGACCUGAAGACUGGUCGGGAGUUUGAGGUGCCGAUCGGCGCAGUGGUCAAACUCUGUGACUCCGGACAGAUCCAAGUGGUGGAUGAUGAAGGAAAUGAGCACUGGAUCUCCCCCCAAAAUGCCACCAACAUCAAGCCAAUGCAUCCCACCUCCAUCCACGGGGUGGAAGACAUGAUUCGCCUGGGAGACCUCAAUGAAGCUGGUAUCCUCCGCAACCUGCUCAUCAGAUACAGAGAAAAAGUUAUAUAUACGUACACAGGCUCCAUCCUUGUGGCUGUCAAUCCUUACCAGCUGCUGCCCAUCUACACGGCUGACCAGAUCCGCCUCUACACCAACAAGAAGAUCGGUGAAAUGCCACCUCAUAUAUUUGCCAUUGCUGACAACUGUUACUUCAACAUGCAGAGGAACAACCGUGACCAGUGCUGUAUCAUCAGUGGUGAAUCUGGGGCAGGAAAAACAGAAAGCACCAAACUGAUCCUUCAGUUUCUGGCGGCCAUCAGUGGUCAACACUCCUGGAUAGAGCAGCAGGUCCUAGAGGCAAACCCUAUACUAGAAGCCUUUGGAAACGCCAAAACGAUCCGCAAUGACAACUCAUCUCGUUUUGGCAAAUACAUUGACAUCCAUUUCAACAAGCGAGGAGCCAUAGAAGGAGCCAAGAUAGAGCAGUACCUGCUGGAGAAAUCCCGAGUCUGUCGACAGGCCUACGAUGAGAGAAACUACCACAUCUUCUACUGCAUGCUGAAGGGAAUGACUGUCGAUGAGAAGAAGAAACUGGGGUUGAGCAAAGCCACAGACUACACCUACCUGACCAUCGGUAACUGUACCGUUUGUGAUGGCCGAAACGAUAUGAAGGAGUACUCCAACAUCCGCUCUGCAAUGAAGGUGCUGAUGUUCACCGACAAAGAGAACUGGGAGAUUUCUAAGCUGCUGGCUGCUAUACUGCACAUGGGGAACCUGAGAUACGAGGCACGCACCUAUGACAACCUUGAUGCCUGUGAGGUUGUGCGGAGCCCUCAUCUCACUACUGCUGCCACACUGUUAGAGGUGGAUGUUAAGGAUCUGAUGAACUGUCUGACCAGCCGAACACUCAUCACCAGAGGAGAGACGGUCUCCACCCCUCUCAGCAUGGAACAAGCUCUGGAUGUACGGGAUGCUUUCGUUAAGGGUAUUUACGGACGCUUGUUUGUGUGGAUCGUGGAAAAGAUCAAUGCAGCCAUUUAUAAGCCUCCAUCAUCUCAGCCCAAAGCGCUCAGACGCUCCAUCGGACUUCUGGACAUCUUUGGCUUUGAAAACUUCACAGUAAACAGCUUCGAGCAGCUGUGCAUAAACUUUGCCAACGAGAACCUGCAGCAGUUCUUCGUGCGUCAUGUGUUCAAGCUAGAGCAGGAGGAGUACAACCUGGAGAACAUCAACUGGCAGCACAUUGAGUUCACAGACAACCAGGAUGCUCUGGACAUGAUCGCCAUCAAACCCAUGAACAUCAUCUCGCUCAUCGACGAGGAGAGCAAAUUUCCGAAGGGCACAGACACCACCAUGCUCAACAAGCUGAACUUUCAGCAUAAACUCAACACAAACUACAUCCCUCCAAAGAACAACUACGAGACUCAGUUUGGCAUCCAACACUUUGCUGGAGUGGUUUACUAUGAAACAAGAGGUUUCCUGGAGAAGAACAGGGACACUCUGUAUGGUGACAUCAUUCAGCUAGUUCACUCCUCCAAAAACAAAUUCAUCAAACAAAUCUUCCAGGCUGAUGUAGCUAUGGGGGCAGAGACCAGGAAGCGUUCGCCCACCCUGAGCAGCCAGUUUAAAAGAUCUCUGGAGCUGCUGAUGAGAACUCUGAGCGUCUGUCAGCCGUUCUUCGUCCGCUGCAUCAAACCCAAUGAAUACAAGAAGCCGAUGCUGUUUGACAGGGAGCUGUGUGUGCGUCAGCUGAGGUACUCAGGUAUGAUGGAGACCAUCCGAAUCCGCCGUGCUGGAUAUCCCAUCCGCUACACCUUCGUGGAGUUCGUCGACCGCUACCGGGUGCUCAUGCCUGGAGUCAAACCGGCGUACAAACAGGAGGACCUGAGAGGAACCUGUGAGAGGAUUGCUGAGGCCGUGCUCGGCAGAGACGACGACUGGCAGAUGGGAAAAACCAAGAUCUUCCUCAAGGAUCAUCACGACAUGCUGCUGGAGAUCGAGAGAGACAAGGCCAUCACAGACAAGGUCAUCCUCAUCCAGAAGGUGGUUCGGGGUUUCAAGGACAGAUCCAACUUCCUAAAGAUGAAGAAGUCGGCAGUGCUGAUCCAGAAGACGUGGAGAGGAUAUCAGUGCAGGAAGAACUAUGGAGCUAUGCGAGCUGGCUUUUCUCGCCUCCAAGCUCUGGUUCGUUCCAGGAAGUUGUGCGCAUCAUAUCACGUGGCCCGUCAGCGAAUCACAGCCUUCCAGGGUCGUUGUCGUGGCUUCUUGGUGCGUCGAGCAUUCAGACACCGGCUGUGGGCCGUCAUCACCAUCCAGGCCUACACGAGAGGAAUGAUCGCUCGACGAUUGUACAAGAGGCUGAAGGGAGAGUACCGGAGGAGGCUGGAGGCUGAGAAGAUGCGUCUGGCUGAAGAAGCCAAGCUGAGGAACCAGAUGUCUGCAAAGAGAGCGAAAGCUGAGGCUGAACGCAAACACCAGGAGCGUCUGGCUCAGCUGGCCAAAGAGGACGCUGAGCGGGAGAAGAAGGAGAAGGAGGAGGCUCGGAGGAAGAAGGAGAUGGUCGAGCAGAUGGAGAAGGCCCGCAUGGAGCCUGUCAAUGACUCAGACAUGGUGGACAAGAUGUUCGGCUUCCUGGGGACCACCAGUUCUUUCCCGGGUCAGGAAGGGCAAGCCCCUGCUGGCUUUGAGGAUCUGGAGCGGACCCAUCACGAGCUGGAGGAGGAGGAUCUGGAUGAGGCUCUUCCUCUGCCCGAGGACGAUGAUGAGGAGGAUUUAUCGGAGUACAAGUUCGCUAAGUUUGCUGCCACCUACUUCCAGGGCACCACCACACACACCUACGUCCGACGACCUCUCAAACAGCCGCUGCUCUUCCACGACGAUGAGGGGGACCAGCUGGCUGCUCUGGCGGUGUGGAUCACAGUGCUGAGGUUCAUGGGCGAUCUCCCGGAGCCAAAGUACCACACAGCCAUCAGCGACGGCAGCGAGAAGAUCCCCGUCAUGACCAAAAUCUACGAGACGCUGGGGAAAAAGACGUACAAGCGAGAGCUGCAGGCGCUGCAAGGGGAGGGAGAGACGCCUCACUCUGACAGCCACAAGAAAAACAGCGUCCGACACAAACUGGUGUCCCUCACCCUGAAGAAGAAAUCCAAGAUCACCGAGGAGGUCACCAAGCGCCUUAACGAUGGUGAGUACAGUCUUCAUGGCAACAGCAUGCUGGAAGAUCGUCCCACAUCCAACCUGGAGAAACUUCACUUUAUCAUCGGCAACGGAAUCCUGAGGCCAGGACUCAGGGAUGAGAUCUACUGUCAGAUCUGUAAGCAGCUGAGUCAGAACCCGUCUAAGAGUUCUCACGCUCGCGGCUGGAUCCUCAUCUCUUUGUGUGUCGGCUGCUUCGCUCCAUCAGAUAAAUUUGUGAAGUAUCUGAGGAACUUCAUCAGCUGCGGGCCUCCAGGCUACGCGCCAUACUGUGAAGAACGUCUGAGACGAACAUUUGUGAAUGGGACGCGAACGCAGCCUCCGUCCUGGCUGGAGCUGCAGGCCACCAAAUCGAAGAAGCCCAUCAUGUUGCCGGUGACGUUCAUGGAUGGCACGACCAAAACGCUGCUGACAGACUCGGCCACCACAGCAAAGGAGCUCUGCAACGCCCUGUCGGACAAGAUCAACCUGCGAGACCGCUUUGGCUUCUCGCUGUACAUCGCACUGUUUGACAAGGUCUCCUCUUUAGGCAGCGGGAGCGACCAUGUGAUGGACGCCGUGUCGCAGUGCGAGCAGUACGCCAAAGAGCAGGGAGCUCAGGAGAGGAACGCCCCCUGGCGGCUGUUCUUCAGGAAAGAAAUCUUUACGCCGUGGCACGAGCCAACAGAAGACCAGGUCGCCACCAACCUGAUCUACCAGCAAACCGUCAGGGGCGUCAAGUUUGGAGAAUACCGCUGUGACAGGGAUGACCUCGCGGAGCUGGCCUCUCAGCAGUAUUACAUUGACUACGGUUCAGAGAUCCUCCUGGAGCGCCUGCUGAGCCUCAUCCCAUCUUACAUCCCGGACAGAGAGAUCACCACCUCCAGAUCGGUGGAGAAGUGGGCUCACUUCAUCAUGGCUGCUCAUAAAAAGAGCAUCUACACCCAGAAGAGGUUCGACCCUCAGAAGGUGAAGGAGGAAGUGGUCGACUUUGCUCGCCACAAGUGGCCGCUGCUCUUCUCUCGUUUCUACGAAGCCUUCAAGUUUUCAGGUCCCAGUCUGCCUAAAAACGACCUCAUCGUCGCCGUCAACUGGACGGGAGUUUAUUUUGUAGAUGAGCAGGAACAGGUCCUCUUAGAGCUCUCCUUCCCAGAAAUCACUGCAGUUUCCAGCAGCAGGGGAGGAAAGCUGCAGGGUCAGAGUUUCACUUUGGCGACCAUCAAAGGAGACGAGUACACCUUCACCUCCAACAAUGCAGAGGACAUCCGGGACCUGGUGGUGACCUUCCUGGAGGGUCUGAGGAAGAGGUCAAAGUUUGUGGUCGCCCUGCAGGACAACCCCAACCCCACUGGAGAGGAGUCCACGUUCCUGAGCUUCCGGAAAGGAGACCUGAUCCUGUUGGACCAGGAAACCGGCGAGCAGGUCCUCAACUCUGGCUGGGCACAUGGCAUUAACGAACGAACCAAUCAGAAGGGAGAUUUCCCAGCGGACUGCGUCUACGUCCUGCCCACCAUGACCCGGCCUCAGCAGGACAUAGUGGCGCUGGUCACCAUGACACCCGAGCAGCGACAGGAGUCAGUUCGUGUCUCGCAGGUCGUCAUGGUGGAAACUGAUGACAGAAUGAAACCCUACACGCUGGAGGAGUUCUCCUACGACUACUUCAGGCCUCCUCCCAAACACACCCUGAGCCGGGUGAUGGUCACGAAGAAUCGUGGGAAAGACAAGUUGUGGAGCUGCACCCGAGAGCCGCUGAAACAGCCGCUGCUGAAGAAGGUCGUCAGCCAUGAGGAGCUGGCUCAGGACGCCUGCAUGUCCUUUAUAGCUAUCAUGAAGUACAUGGGCGACUACCCGUCCAAACGGACUCGCUCGGUGAACGAGCUGACAGACCAGAUCUUUGAAGGGGCGCUGAAGGCCGAACCGCUGAAGGAUGAGAUCUACUGUCAGAUCAUCAAACAGCUCACAGACAACCACGUCAAGUACAGUGAGGAGAAAGGCUGGGAGCUGCUGUGGUUGUGCACUGGGUUGUUUCCUCCCAGUAACGUGCUGUUGCCGCACAUCCAGCGCUUCCUCCAGUCCAAGAAGCACCACCCGCUGUCUGGAGACUGCAUGCAGAGGCUGCACAAAGCGCUGCGAAAUGGAUCCAGGAAGUACCCUCCUCAUUUGGUGGAAGUGGAGGCCAUCCAACAUAAAACGACCCAGAUCUUCCAUAAAGUCUACUUCCCCGACGACACAGACGAGGCAUUCGAGGUGGAGUCGAGCACCAAGGCGAAGGAUUUCUGUCAGAACAUUUCCACCAGACUGCUGCUUAAAUCUCCCGAAGGCUUCAGCCUCUUCGUCAAGAUCUCAGACAAGGUGAUCAGUGUACCUGAGGGAGAUUUCUUCUUUGACUUCGUCAGACAUUUAACAGACUGGAUCAAGAAAUCUCGUCCGGCUAAAGACGGAAUCGUUCCCUCUCUGACCUAUCAGGUGUUCUUCAUGAAGAAGCUGUGGACUAACACGGUUCCAGGAAAGGACUCCUUCGCUGACUCCAUCUUCCACUACUACCAGGAGCUGCCUAAAUACUUGCGUGGCUACCACAAAUGUUCACGAGAGGAGGUUUUCCAGCUCGCAGCGCUUAUCUAUCGCAUCAAGUUCGAAGAUGACAAAUCCCAUUUCCCCACAAUUCCCAAGAUGCUUCGGGAGCUGGUUCCCCAGGACCUCAUCCGCCAGAUGUCACCGGAUGACUGGAAAAGGUCUGUGGUUGCAUACUUCAACAAGCAGGCCGGGAAAUCGAGGGAAGAGGCCAAACUGAUGUUUCUGAAGAUCAUCUACAAAUGGCCGACCUUUGGCUCCGCCUUCUUUGAGGUUAAGCAAACCACAGAGCCCAACUACCCAGAGAUCCUGCUGAUCGCCAUCAACAAGCAUGGAGUCAGUCUCAUUGACCCCAAGUCAAAGGACAUCCUGACCACUCACCCCUUCACCAAGAUCUCCAACUGGAGCAGCGGGAACACCUAUUUCCACAUCACCAUCGGCAACCUGGUCAGAGGAAGCAAACUGCUGUGUGAGACCUCACUGGGCUACAAGAUGGAUGACCUGCUGACCUCCUACAUCAGCCAGAUGUUGACCACCAUGAACAAGCACCGGUCAGGGCGGGGCCACAGCAAGUGAACUUCUUACUGGCAGGAGGCCACUGAGCUCAUCCGCCUCUUGCGCCCUAUUGGCCAGCACUGCAGCUGGGGGCGGACCUUUACCAGCCACCUUUGGAGGAUGAGCCGCAGUCCUUCUGCGAGCUCAGAAGGGUCAAAGUUCACCUGGGAGGGUUCGAAUGCUAGCGGCAGCAGUGACCCCGGCGAAGGCCCCAGCAACUCUUACCACUACAGCUACGAUGAAGACGAGCCGUCCAGUGAGGAUGACUACCUCUGAACUGUCCUUUCUGACUGCGUCGCCUUAAGAAGACGCUGUUAUCGUUAGGUCUGCGCCUUAAGUACACACUGCAGUGACCCUGACCAUGACCCUAUAUUACCACUUUAUGCUAACCUGACUUCUAAUUGAGCAUUUUUACAUAUUAGCAUAGCAACAAGCUAAUGCACCAGACUGCUGUAAGGGGAUAUAUUUGACUGUUAACAGGGUUUGUGCAGGUUUUAGAGAGCAUUAAAGCCUCCGAGUUUUGCCCGAUGUUUACGGUAUCGCGUGUUUCAGAUGUCACACCUGCAGGAACCCCCUGCCUCAUUAUAAGCUCAUCAAAUCCAUCCAUAAAGUUCACUUGUACAUGUUUAGGUAAAACUAAUGGACUGUCUACUCCUUUACAUGUUUUAAUACAUACAUAUAGAUAAUAAAUUAUUUUAGGCCAUUCUCUGCUGAUUCCUUUUGUUUCUUCAGCACUUUCACAAAUAAUUUGAUGAACUCUGCAGACAUCUAAAUUACCCCUGAAGGAGUUAAGAUGCACAGAAACAUCUUAACAUUCAGCUGAGAUGUGAGUCAGAACUCGUCAAAAACCAUCCAGCCUGAGAACCUAAAAACAGCGUAGUCUUUUAAAGGCGUAUAUUUUCUUAGCUCUCCCUGAGUAAAUGUUUGUUCCUUGAAUUACUCGAUCCAUCCAUCUUAUCCAGAUGAUUCAAUAGCAGUGGUUUCAUAUUUAGCAUUAACAGGGACUUACAUUUAGUAAAUUUAACAUCAAUGAUUUUCAAACUGAUAUAUUAGACUGUAUAUUCAUCAUUUUAAAAAAGGGCUAAAAAGGUCUUAAAUUUAGCCGUUAACUCUGUAAAGAUCCUGAAAAACACAUUUGUCAUUCGUUAGCUUCAUCUGUGUAAAUUAGAGCCUUAAAGCAGAUUUAGUGAUUUUUGGUUUUUUGAGCAUCUUAAAAUACUCAGUCAAAAAGUUUACGUUUUUUCUUUGAUACAAGUCGAGGUCAGAAACGUUUGAGAUUUUAUCAUCAUGUGUACCGUCUGCUGUUAUUGGGGUCCAGUUCAUUUGUUUUUAGUAGUUCUUUCACUGACCUUAGCUCCAAACUAAGAGGAGGCCAGAGGGGUGUACUACGAUGGCUUAGUGGGCCAUGUCGAGCUUAAAGUCAGGAGCAGGUUUUGUGUUCAGAGUUAAGUCGGCUGGAAGCCUCGUGUCUUCACUGACUCUUACUUACAUCAUGUUUUAAGUGCAAUAUGAAUCCUAUCCUGUGGGAAUACGUUUGAUAUGCAAGCCGCACUUUACCACCAUGACAAAUGAAGCCCAGCUGUAAACUUACAGCAGCAUAAACUCUGCAUGGCAUUGACAUGUUAAUCUGCAUGCACUCAGCUGGUAAUGCAGGAAAUGUUUUUAUAAGUGCUCCUCAUCUGCAGUUUACUCUACACUGCUGCAACUGCAGCUACUAGAACCCAGAACACACAAAGGUUAUUCACAUUAUUUCACAGUUUAAAUGUACCCAGUUUAAAGUUUCAGAGCCCUAAUGUGCAGCCGUCAGGUUAGAAAUAAUCAGCAGCACAGAGGGCACUUGGCGAUAAUUGGCUUGAAUUAAAAUAUUUAAAUUUGUACCACAAUUUUUGUCAUCUGUGACUUUAAAGUAGGUGUCUCUCACGGGGAUCAUUUUCUGUGGAUAAAGUCACAUGAUGUGACUGACUGGUCCAGCUGACACAAAGAAAUCCUGGCUGUGGUGAACGUCCUUCGUAGCACACCUCUCUGAGCUUAUUUAAAACUUUGGUGUUGUUUUUGUGACACUAAACUGACCUGUAACAUGUUUUUAAUCUUUAGGUUAAUGACUUCAGUGUGUGUCACACUUUAAUACAGGAGAUAAUUUUUAAUACUCAUGGUUUAUGUUUACACUUGUUUAUUUCUUUACAACUGUUUAGUUUUAUAUUUUUUGCCUGUGUUAUGUCAUUUCUGUGAGAGCUGCUGCUUCUUACUGUAUGAGGCUUAAAUUCUAGUUUGUAAAACUGUUCUCAAAGGUCACUUGUUAGCUGGUUCUGGGGUUUUCAGCUGAAUCUCAUAGUUUUCCUAAUAUGAAGGAGUUCUGUCUUUUGAACUGGAAGUGACUUAAUGAGGAUCAAAUACUGUCCUGAUGAGUAAUGUGGACUCUGAGUUAAAACAAACUACCAUCAGUCACGUCACUUUUUCCUGCCUUUAAAACAGGCUUGGCCAACUCCAGGCCUCGAGGGCCGGUGUCCUGCAGGUUUUAGAUCGCACUCUGGGUCAACACACCUGAGUCAAAUUAGUUCAUUACCAGGCCUCUGGUGAACUUCAAGGCAUGUUGAGGAGAUAAUUUAGUAAUUUGAAUCAGCUGUGUUGAAUCAUCUAAAACUUGCAGGACACUGGUCCUUGAGGCCUGGAGUUCCCCCGCCCCUGCUUUAAAGUAAACUUUGCCUACUUACAUGUGUAAGUCUUUGCAUAGUUUACUCUAUUCUACUGUAUUCUAUUAAACCUUUAUUAUCCAGCGAAUGAGAAAUUUGGGUGUUGCACAGCUCUUAUAGCAAGGGGGAUAUAAAAAUAUAGAAGGAAGACAAAGUAAAUGUCCUCUGCUGCUAAAACCUCUGAUAUUUUCACUGUUACAUAAAUCUUAAAUACACACUUUGACCUGUAAAGGUCGCCAUUGCUCUGGUUAUACGCCACAGCAAUCAUCAUCAUUUUUUUAAAGUUUACGAAGCACAAAGAAAAAACACACUUGCUGAUUCUGUUGGAACUCCCAGUUAAAGUAAAAGUACUUUUGGAAAUUGCAAACUAUGGAUAUUAAGUUCAAGUUCCCUUUUAAUACAUAUUAAAGGCUUUAGAUGCAAAAUCCGUUUAGACCUGUACUCGGGUAUUCAAGUACAAUUUGUCCAAAGUAUUAACAAAUCAUUACUGAGUAACUAUAGAUUAACUGAUGAAAGUCCCAUUAAUUAACAGAAGCGAACACACAGCUCCAUAUUAAGGCUGAGCUCCUGGAAAUGUACAGGGACUCAGCAUCUGUGCAUUUACCUGCAAGAACACAGUCACGACGGUGAAACUAAGUCAGAUAUUAAAAAUACUACAAUAAGGGUCUCAAUGUGGUUCAGUUUUUUACUUUCGUUUGUGUAAUAAAUAAUUUUACGUCAAAGCUGCUGGUGUCUCAGACUUGAGUGUCCGGUGGCGUCGGUCCGGUGGUGCAGGGGCUCGGUCUGAUUCGUUAAGUUUGAUAUUUUAACCUAAACUAUGCUUUCUGUUCAGUUAGAUUUAGUGGAAACGAUCAAAGGUAAUAAAAAUGAUCUGCAUGUUUAUCGUAAAGUUGCAACAAACCUAUUCACCAGUCAGUAAACACUGUUGAUAGUUAACCUUUUUUUAUAGUUAUUUGCUAUGAAUUUACAAUUUAUUAAGGUUUACAUAAUAAUUGUGUUUUUGUUGUGUUUGAAAUUCCAGCCUGCUUCCUUUUUUAACCACCUCAUGUCGAGCUGUUGAACCCUUCCUUCUUGUAACCAGCUCUGGGCUUUUGUCUGUAUGAUAAACUGGUGUUUGUAACUGUGCCAAUCAGCCCGUUUGAUACAUUUGCGUUUGAAGUUUUUGCCUUUUGUGUUUCUGUUUUCAGAGCAUUAGUCUGAUUGUGUAACUCAUCAUCCCGACUUCCUGUAGUGUUUCUGUAACAUGUGCUCUCACUUUUGUACAAUGCAUUAAAUAAAUUUGGAUUCAACUUAAUUAAUAUUUCA